CAUUAUGGCGCGUACUAAGCAGACCGCGCGCAAGUCGACCGGCGGUAAGGCCCCGCGGAAGCAGUUGGCCACCAAAGCGGCUCGCAAGAGCGCGCCGGCCACGGGCGGCGUCAAGAAGCCGCAUCGCUACCGCCCGGGCACCGUGGCGCUGCGCGAGAUCCGGCGCUAUCAGAAGUCGACCGAGCUGCUGAUCCGCAAGCUUCCCUUCCAGCGCCUAGUGCGCGAGAUCGCGCAGGAUUUCAAGACUGACUUGCGAUUCCAGAGCUCUGCGGUGAUGGCGUUGCAGGAGGCGAGUGAGGCCUAUCUGGUGGGGCUCUUUGAAGACACCAACCUGUGCGCCAUCCACGCCAAGCGAGUGACCAUCAUGCCUAAAGAUAUCCAGCUGGCUCGCCGUAUCCGCGGGGAGCGGGCUUAA